CGAGCUCAGUUCCCAUUCAGAUUCCGAGAGCACAGCACCGUACAUCUGAAACAAAGCCGCACUGAACAAUGACGACGACUCCCAAGAUAAAGGCACCAGUUUCCGGUCCUGGACUGCCACUACUGCUGCAAAUGCUAAUGGGGAUGCUUCUUAUGGGGCUGACUUCCGUGCCAGGCGCCACUGCCACCCCGGACCCCAAGAACGCCAAUGUCAAGGCCCUGGAUCGCCUCCACGCCGGGCUGUUCACGAACUACGACACCGAUGUGCAGCCGGUAUUCCAAGGAGCCCCCACGAACGUGUCCCUGGGAAUGGUGGUCACCUACGUAGACAUCGACGAGUUGAACGGCAAGAUGACCACCCACUGCUGGCUGAAUCUCCGAUGGAGAGAUGAGGAGCGCGUGUGGCAACCGUCACAAUAUGACAACAUCACGGAGAUCACUUUGAAGUCCAGCGAGGUCUGGACCCCCCAAAUCACACUCUUCAACGGCGACGAGGGCGGCCUGAUGGCCGAAACCCAGGUGACCCUCAGCCACGAUGGCCGCUUACGGUGGAUGCCUCCAGCCGUGUACACGGCCUACUGCGAACUCAACAUGCUCAACUGGCCCCACGACAAGCAGAGCUGCAAGCUGAAGAUCGGCUCCUGGGGCCUGAAGGUCGUCCUGCCGGAGAACGCCACGGCGAGGGGAGAGUCCCUUGACCACGACGACCUGGUUCAGUCCCCGGAGUGGGAGAUCGUGGACUCGGGAGCGCAGUUUGUCAGUCAGGACUACUACGGCUACAUGGAGUACACUCUGACGGCCCAGCGGCGCUCCUCGAUGUACACGGCUGUCAUCUACACACCCGCGUCCUGCAUCGUCAUCCUGGCCCUCUCAGCCUUCUGGCUGCCUCCCCACAUGGGCGGCGAGAAGAUCAUGAUCAACGGCCUGCUCAUCAUCGUGAUCGCAGCCUUCCUCAUGUACUUCGCCCAACUCCUGCCAGUGCUGUCCAACAAUACUCCACUUGUGGUGAUCUUCUACAGCACCAGCCUGCUGUAUCUGAGCGUCUCCACCAUCAUCGAGGUCCUAGUCCUCUACAUGGCCACUGGCAAGCACAAGAGACGCCUGCCGGAGGCGCUGAGGAAGCUGCUGCACGGGCACCUGGGCACCUGGCUGCUGCUCUCGCUGUUCAGCACCACCGGCGAGUCGCAGGCGGAGAAAACCAAGGAGAUGGACGAGCACCCGUACGAGGAGGCGGACGAGGAGGAGUCCAGUCCGCUGGGCAUCAACCACACCGAGGUGCCGGGCGCCAAGGCCAACCAGUUCGACUGGGCGCUGCUGGCCACCGCCGUGGACCGCAUUUCCUUCGUGGCCUUCAGCCUGGCCUUCCUCAUCCUGGCCAUCAGGUGCUCGGUGUAGGGGUGCUCGCGACUUAACGCCACAUCCCAAUCAAUCUCAUUUUCCAGGGCUACCAAGCCAGUGUGCACUCUAAACUAGCUUUGCAUUUGCGAUUUCAUGUAUUUACUGUGUGUGCGAACUUAGAAUUAUUUAAUGAUGAGACCUCGUAUGGAAUAAAGGACCUCUGCCGAA